UUCUCUCUUACCGCAGUUUCGAAUUGCUCAAAACAGCUUUACAUAACUACUCUGAUACCACACCGGAAAGCAACAGCAGUUACAAUCAGAGGUGCAGUUUUGGAUCUCGGUGAAGAAUGGCCAAAACUAUCAAAUCCGCUGUGGCAGAGGCUCUGGAGGACUUGAAAAAGGAAGACUUUGAGAAGUUCUGCCACCAGCUUCUGGACCGCAGACAACAGCCGCGCGUAAAACGCAACAAGGUGGAGGACAAAAGCCGUCUGCAGGUCACAGACGCGCUGGUGUCUACUUUUACUGAGGAGGGGGCUCUGACCGUGGUUCUCGAGAUCCUGAAACAGAUCGGCUGCAGCGACGAGGCCAAAGAACUUGAGGAAGCUACAGGUGGAAAAUCCUCAAAACCUGCUCCCACUGACACCUCAAGUGAGUCAGCUGGAGGAGCUGGUGGAAGUAAAGCAGCAGGCGGGAAGCACUUUGUGGACAAACACAAAGUCCAGCUGAUCAAGAGAGUGAGCAACAUCGCACCCAUUUUGGAUGAGCUCCAAGACAAUGAAGUUAUCAACCAAGAACAAUAUGACAAAAUUAGAGCUCUGUCUACCUCUCAGGACAGGAUGAGGGAGCUCUACAGUGGUCCCCUGAAGGCCAGUUCAGCCUGCAAAGACAUCUUCUAUCAAAUCCUUUUGGCAAAUGAGAAAUUUCUCGUUGAAGACCUUUCAAAGAAGUAAAUGUGUUGGAAACCCCCCCCCCCCCCACAUUUUUAGACCAAAUGUACAUGAUCUACCUGAACAUAACAUGUUUACAUUAAAAAGGUGGAGAUGUCUUUUCUUUGUGGGGGUUUAUAAAAAAGGCUCCAGUGCUUUAAUUUAGAAAAUUGUUCUGCUAUGUGGUGCCUUUGCUCCUCAGUGACUCUCCUUUAAUUCAUCCAUUUUACAUGAAACACUUUGGAUAUUUAAAAUUUUUUAUUUUAAAAACGUAAAUUGUAUCAUUUAAAAAUGAAUUGACGAUGUCAUCAGUCGUGUGUUUAUCCAUGACUCAGACUGUCAUAAAUUUGUUUUCAGAUUUCAUUAUCUUCUAUAAAGUAAAACAUAAUGCAAACAUUUAUUGUCAUUAAAAAUAAACCAGAAUUAAACUCGAA